AUGGGUUUGACAAGAAGCACGAGCUGCAAUGCAAUUAUUGAAGAGAUGACUCCUGAAUUGUGGGAUGAAUGCAACAUUCCAUUGAUUCACAGGACCUACCUUUUCUUGCUCAUCCAAGGCGGUCCAUCUGAUUCCGUCUACAUCGAGAUCGAGCUCCGCCGACUAUCCUUCCUCCAGAAAGCAGUACAUCACGCCUCAAGGGCAAUGGAUUUGGAGAGGGCGAUGCUAAGCAGGAAACUACUGAGGAAAUACUCAGCAAAGGAAAGGGAAGGCCUUUUUCUACCAGACCACCUGCAGAAAGAAGCAUUCCAACACAUGAUUUUGAUCCUCUUGCCACUGCCACAUGCAAAGGAAUGGUUUUUUGCACAUUCCUUAUGUUCACAUCAACUCCAGCAUAAGGAAUAA